AUGCCUGCCUCUCUCCGCCCCGUCCGUGCCCUCUGCUUCGACCUCCUAGGCACAACCCUCGACUGGCACACCAACGUCGCCCUCUCACUCCAAUCCCACGCCUCCCAUUCUCCCUCUCUCGCCGGGCGCACUCCUCCCAUUGACUGGGCUCGAUUCGCACACGAAUGGCGUGCCGCUUUCUUCAGGGUUACCAAGUCCCUCCCUGUCUCGGAGGAGGGGAAACCCCUCCUGAUCCAGCUGGAAGUGUAUAUGCGCGCACUGGACGAGGUGUGCGAUAAAUACGGGAUCGGGCUAGACGUAUGGGGAAGGGAGGAAAGGGAGGAGAUGUAUAGAGCUUGGUGGGCGAUGGACGUGUGGCCGGAUACGAAAGCCGGCGUUGAGCUCCUGCAGACAAAGUACGUCUGCGUAGGACUGACGAACGGGAGUGCAGCGUACUUGAUCCAUAUUGAUAAGCGCACUGGAGUACUGUACGACCUCCUCCUUACCUCGGACGUCGUCGGCGCUUACAAGCCCCAGCCGCGCAUGUACCAGACAGCGAUGGCGGCCGUUCAGCUCAAGCCAGAGGAAUGCGCUAUGGUCGCGAGCCAUGUAUCUGAUCUCGAGGCAGCGAAGAAACAGGGGAUGAGGAGUAUCUAUAUCCACCGGGAGACGGAGGACAUGGACGUCGAUCUAUCCAACUACGAGUUCGACAUGAUCAUCAACGAAGGCGGGCUGGUGGAGCUCGCAAGACGCCUCGGUGUCGAAGCAGCAGUAGUUUGAACCCAACAAGAACCAAUCUGUAUUUGUACAUCAAUUCAC